AUGCCCGCGACUGUUACGAAUACCCAAGUCGCCGACGGCCGCGUCGUCAAGCGCAAGAAGCUCAAUGCUAGCAAAGCCCAUCCCGAGGGCAAACCGCGCCCGACCAAAUCGAGGCUCUUCGCGCCAUUCCGAACCGUAGGUCUGAUCUCGCCUACCGAUGUCCCGUUUACCUCCAUUCCGCUUGGCAAGACCACUUUCCAAAUCACCACCUCCGUCGGCCGAAGCCUGCAAACCUACGAUCUGCGCAGGGGCCUCAACCUUGUCUUUAUUACGAGACCGCAAACCCCGGAGCUUAUUACAGCAACGACGGCAUGGAAAGACAAGAUCCUGGCGGCAUGGGGAGGGAACGAGAAACAAGCUUCCAGAGGUGUGUGGCUAUUCAAGCGCGGCAAGAAAGUGGCCGAGCUCGAAACGCCCAACGGCUGGGACGAGAACAUCAAGCAGCUUCUAGUAUUUGGCGCAUGGGUCAUCGGCUGUGGUACCACGAGAAUCGAUGUAUGGAAGUCUGCGACUCUGGAGCACUAUACCACCCUCAUCGCGCCGCGUUCUGGAAGCGCGGGCAGCUUACUCACUGGCGGGGUCUGUAACAUGCCCACCUACCUGAACAAGCUUCUUGCUGGCAGACAAGAUGGAAGCGUCGAAAUCUGGAACAUCAACACUGGCAGGCUGCUCUACACGAUUCUGCCCGCUGCCGCCGAGUACGGCCAUGUAACCGCCAUGCAGCCAACUCCUGUCUUAUCGCUCGUGGCCAUAGCAUACAGCAGCGGUCCCGUCGUCAUUCACGACAUUCGUGCCGACAAGGAGGUACUCACUGUGAACACCGGAUCGUCGAGAAAGACCCCAGUAACUUCGAUCUCUUUCCGGACGGACGGACAAGGUGCGGGAGAGGAUGGCCGGAAGGAUGGUGUUAUGGCGACAGCCUCGAAGCACACUGGCGAUGUGGUUUUUUGGGACUUGAACGGGGGCGGUAGGAAAAUGGGUGUGCUACGAGGCGCCCAUGCUCCGCCGUCCAUUGCGGCCGGUGGAGUGGCUGGCGGCAUCAGCAAGAUUGAAUUCUUGGCUGGCCAAGCUGUCGUUGUCACCAGCGGUCUCGACAAUUCCUUGAAAACGUGGAUUUUUGACCAGACUCCUUUUUCACCUGUUCCUCGGAUCCUCCACUCACGCAGUGGACACGCCGCGCCCGUGUCAACCUUACAGUUCCUCCCUUCAGACGCUGAUGGCGCUGAUGCCGGUGGCAAGUGGCUUGUAAGCGCCAGUAACGAUCGGACACUGUGGGGCUGGAGCUUGCGACGUGACGGCCAAAGCACGGAGCUCAGCCAGGGCAAUAUCCGCAAGAAGGCCAAGAAGAUGGGUAUUCUAAGCGAGGGCCUUGCAGCUUUGGACAGCAGCCUAUCCAUUGAAGAUUUGAGGGCUCCGAAGAUUACCCACAUGGCAUGCUCUCUGAACCGUGACGGCGGUAUGGGAGCAGUCCCAGGAGUUAAUGCCAUUUGGAAUCAUCCUAGCAAGGGCAAGGGUGCAACUGGGGGUUCAGAGGCAAAUGGCCUUACUGGUUGGGAGAGUAUGGUCACCGCUCAUGAGGACAGCAAGACGGCAAGGACAUGGUUCUGGGGCAAGAAGAAGGCCGGCCGAUGGGCGUUUGACACGGGCGACGGGACACCGGUAACGAGUGUGGCCAUCUCUCCCUGCGGUACAUUCGCCCUCGUCGGAUCCCAAGCAGGUGGCCUGGAUAUGUUUAACUUACAAUCGGGCAUCCAUCGUCAGCGAUUCCCUGCAAGACUAACCCCACAGCAGGCCAAGCGUUUGAAACUGCAGCAACUGGAAGAAGAGGAGUCGAUGGAGGUGGAAGCAAAGCCGAAAAAAUUCGCAAGGGGUCAGGGCAAGCACACCAAGGCAGUCACCGGUAUUGCCGUGGACAGCCUAAAUCGUACCGUUGUCAGCUGUGGCGACGAUGGCAAAGUCAAGUUCUGGGACUUCUCCAACGGCCAAUUGCUGCACGAGAUCGAUUGGUAUCCUAUGGUUACUAUCAACAGCCUACGCUACCACAGCUCCAGCGAUCUCAUUGCCUUUGCCUGCUCGGAUUCUUCCAUACGCGUGGUUGAUAUCGAGACAAAGAAGUUGGUCAGAGAGCUUUUCGGUUGCCAAGGCCAGAUCAACGACUUUACGUUUUCGAACGACGGACGCUGGAUUAUUGCGGCUUCGGCUGACUCCAUCAUUCGCGUUUGGGAUCUGCCUACGGGACACAUGAUUGACGCGAUGAAGUUGCGCAGUAAAUGCACCUCGCUGGGUAUGUCUGCGACAGGCGAGUAUCUUGCUGUCGCCCAGGAAGACAAUGUUGGCGUCAAUAUCUGGACAAACAAGACCCUGUUCACGCAUGUUCCUACCAGACACAUCUCAGAUGAUGAGAUUGCUGAGGUCGACGCGCCAACAGCGUCGGGCGAAGGUGGCGAGAACAUCGUAUCCGCAGCUUACGCCGAAGAGGAGGAGGAGGAAGAGGAGGAAGAAGAUGCUGGUAUUCCGUCGAUGGAUCAACUGAGCGAGUCCAUCACCACCCUCAGCUUGGUUCCCAAGUCGAGAUGGCAGAACCUCCUCCACCUGGACCUGAUCCGGGAGCGCAAUAAGCCCAAAGAGGCGCCAAAAGCCCCUGAAAAGGCACCCUUCUUCCUUCCAGGCCUCAAUGGCGCGGCCAAUCCAGCAGCUAAUAGUGCGAUUGCUGGGGUGGAGCAGCAAGAGUCUGCAGCGAAGGCUGGUCCCGUAUCACGAAUCUCCAAGUCCGGGGCUCACCAGUCAGAGUUCAGUCGGCACCUUGCGAACGCCUUUGAGUCUGAGGAGUAUGAUGGUUUGGUCUCAUACUUGUCAACGCUGCCACCAAGCGCAGCCGACUUGGCAAUCCGGUCCUUGGAGACGCCGCCGUCGCAUGAAUUCUUGACGUUCAUUCAAGCCCUCACUGCACGGCUGCGGCAGAAACGCGACUACGAGCUGGUUCAGGCAUGGAUGGCGGUGUUUUUGCGGUUGCAUGGGGAGGAUAUCACAAGCGAUGAGGGAGUUGUGGAGGCGCUGGCAGAAUGGCGCGAGGAGGCGGGCAAGGAGAGACAGCGGCUUGGCAGCUUAGGCGGCUACUGCGUUGGUGUGGUGGGAUUUUUGAGGAGCGCACGGUGA